AUGUCAAUUAUUCCGUCAACGAACAUUAAAAUUUAAUUUUCUUCCGCGUUAAACCAUGACGAUUUCUCAAAAUUCUCAAUGCACAUACAGUUCUUGAAUAUCGCGCGCACGACAUGUAUAAUCUAACGAUCCCCGGCUUGGCGUACAAAGUCAAAGAGUUCAACAGGAUCGUCAAGACCGGCAAGGGAGGGAAUUCGAAGAAAAACCGGUCCAAACAUUCGAUUACAUUCCACACGAAGUCUCGUCACUACCAGAGUAUAAAAUGCUUCCUACAAUCCACGUAUCCCGCGAAACCUUCAGCGAAGAUUAUGAUGUUACACGAAGCAUCCAAGAAAAACGCCUACUUAUUCAACCCCCCUUACCAAGCGACUUGUACAACUCGAUUUCAAAGGAACCAAUCUAACAAAUCCGUAAAAACCGAACCGAAUUUUUUAUCGCCAUUAUCGAAACAUCCUUUCAGGCAAUGUCGCGAUAAAGGCCUCUCCUGGGAUUCCUGGAACAGACUCGACGCGAACAAGGACUUGCUCGAUGAGACCCACGAAGUAAAAUCGCUUCGAGACCAAGUUUCAUCAUUUCUCAAACUGAAAAGAUCACCAACUAAAACAACCAUCAACAUCGCGUCAUCUAAAAGCGAUAAUCCCAUUAUUCGAUCCAGCAGAAGAAUCAAACGCGCCCUUUCCUGGACCAGCACAAACCCCUGCAGAAAUCGUCACACGAAGAACACACCAGAAACAGACGAGAAAAAUAACACAGAACCGGGCGUAUUGAACCCUAUAAGAGUCGCCUUGGCUUCGAUGAAGACCAACAUCGGCAAGCAAAUGAAGCAAUUGAAGAGCAAAUAUUUGAAAAUAAGUGAUAAAAAGAUCGACGUCAAGCAGGGGAACUACCCGUUUAUUAACCAGGAAUUUUUAACCGGUAAAACGGAGAAGCCCAAACGAAAUGUAUCGCUACAAAACCUACCCGAAAUAGAACUCAAACUGGACGUAGAAGCGAAUAGAAAUAGAAGUUCCAUCACCGAGGAGAGCAUAAAAUGUGGAAAUGAGUCGCACAAGAAACCAGGAAGAGAUGCACCUACAAUAUUGUGUAAACUCACAGCGAACAGCAUUAAAGAAGAGAUAGAAGUGAAGGAAACGCCGCAAUUGAAACUCACUUGGAAAACGAAAGCGUAUAAGAAUAUUAAAAAACAUUCCGGAGGACUUAAAACGACGAAGCAAUUACCGAAGGUGGAGUUAGAAGACGUAAUAGUAAAAUGGAGGAAAAACAGCCUGGAUUUUGAUCCAUGUAUUAAAGUAAAAAGCAAGCCUAAUAUUGAUUCGUUAGAUUUUAGAAACAUUUCUAGGAAAGGUAGAAUUAUCGUGAAGUUAAAUAAACCCGAAGCUACAAAUAAUACAAAACGCGCUGAAAACAAGUCAGAAUUGAGCAUUUCGGGUGUGAAAAAUAAAGAAAGUAAAACCGCGAUUCCGAAUAGAAACAUUAUUAAAUUCAGUAAAUAUAAAGUUCGUCCGGUAAAAUACAAGAAUUCUCGUUUGAAAGAAGUGCUCAAAAGUUACCAAAUUAAGCCCGGUCUAAUAGAUUUUGAAAGCGCAGAUAAAGAAUAUAAAUUUGUCAAAUUAAGUGGGGAUUCUCCAAAAUUGGACAUACCUAAAGCUGGUUCAAAAAUUGAAAGCAUCGUUCCGAAAGUGCGUUCCAUAGCCGAUGUUAGUCCAAAAUCCUGUAAAAAUGUUUCAGCAGUAAUCAAGUCGGAUGUUUGUCCAAAACUUCGUACGAAUGAAGACAUUGUUCCGAAAGUGUUAAAGUCUAAAAUUAGCCCGAAACCUUGUCUACACGUGAAUGCUGUUAGAAAAAUAAUCAAGCCUGAAGUUAGUCCAAAAUCUGGUACAAAUGAAAAUGUUCCAAAAGUAUUGAAGUCUGAAGUUAGUCCAAAACCUUAUGCACUUGAGAAACCUGUUAAAAAAUUAACCAAGUCUGAAGUUAGUGCAAGUACUCGUUCAAAUGAAAAUGUUGUCCUAAAAGAAUUGAAGUCUAAAAUUAGUUCAAAAUCUUGUACAAAUGAAAAUGUUGUUCCAAAAGUAUUGAAGUCUGAAGUUAGUCCAAAAUCUUGUAUAAAUGAGAAAACUGUUUCCAAAGUAAUCAAGUCUGAAGUUAGUCCAAAACCUAAUGUUCAUGAGAACGCUGUUAAAAAAGUAAUCAAGUCUGAAGUUAGUCCAAAAUCUUGUACAAAUGAGAACAAUGUUUCGAAAAUAAUCAAGUCUGAAGUUAGUCCAAGUACUCGUACAAAUGAAAAUGUUGUUGUAAAAGCAGUGAAGUCUGAAGUUAGUCCAAAAUCUUGUAUAAAUGAGAAUAAUGUUUCAAAAGUAAACAAAUCUGAAGUUAAUCUAGAAUCUCGUACAAUUGACCACAAUGUUCCUAAACUAACCAAGGAUAAAACUAGUCUAGAACCUAAUGUAAGUGAAGAAAACAAAACUAAAAAUAUAACACAAACGAAGGAAAAAAUCAACGAUAUUUCAAAAGCAACCAAAGAUCCUUUAAUAGCAAACAAAUCUGAAUCUCCUCCGAUAACUCACAAACAAUUCGAAGAUAAAGAAAGUAAGGACAUUCUCGAAAAAACCGAACCCAACGCAAGUGUAGCAGAAAUUGUCCAAUACAGGCUCAACAAACCAAAAAUCAAUGUUCCAAAAGCCAGUCCAACGAAUAAAGACGAAGAGAAACGGGUCAAAGACUUUGUGGGUAGCCCAAUAACCCAUAAAAGCCUCAACAUAAAUGAUACAAAGGAAGAUUUAUUCGAAAAGAAGAAGUUCAUGGCAAUUCUAACAAUGCAGAGUGUAGAUAAAACAGAGUCUAGAAUUUCCGAUAUUACAAAUAAACAAUUUAAAAACAAUCCAGAAACUAGCACAAUAAAUUACAUGGGUCUAAAUAUGGAGAGUACUUUUAACGAAGAAUACAGGGAAAUACUAGAAAUGGACACCCCUAAAAUUAACCUAACAGAUUCAUUAAUUACAAACGAGCCGUAUGAAGAAAUAAUAAAUAAAUCCAAAUCUACCAGCUUGAAUACAGAUCUUUCUGGAGUAAAUGAAACUAACACCAGUCCAAUAACAUGCAAAUUAGAUGAUUUUAUCAAAUCUAAUACGAGCUUAGUAGAUUUCAAAAAUAGCAGCAAUUCGAAAAACUACACCUAUAAUAACCAAUCCGAAAUAAACUUGGUAAAUUACAGGAAUCAGGGAGCAACCAAAGCAAAGUCCAAAACUGAUUUAAUACAUCUGAGUAAUCGGGAAACGAAGAGCCCUUUUCACACCGGCUUCAAUGCUGGUCAUAAGGAGCAGAUUCGACAACAAAACUUGUCUAGGAUCACUUUGAGGACACUCGAGUUGGACUCGAACGAUUAUCUGAUACCUGAAUUGCCCUGCCAACCUGAAGCAAACCUAAAACCUGCUAAAGUUAUCGAUAAUUCGGUUGAUUUAAACAAAGCAAAUGUGAAAGAAGAAGAUAAAGCUGUAGGCAUUGUAACAGAUGCAGGUGGAUCUACGAGUUCAACAAAAUUCCUUAAAUGCAAGUAUUUUAAAUACAAGAACAAGGGCGAUGAAAUUGAUAAAAAACUUAAAGAAAACGCCGAAGUUUCGAGAAAAAUCGACCAGAAAAACGUCUCGUCGGGAGUUGAUUUGCUAAACUUAGUGGAAGAGACUUCGAAUAACGUGGAGAAACUGCUGAAGAAGAUAAAAGAAGUGAAUUCUUUAAAGUCUGAAGACGAUUUACUCCAGGUAGAGCAAUUCGCCAAGAAAGAAGAAACGAUUCCAUUUAAUCAAGCUAGCGGGGAAUUGUUGAAGAAACAAGAACUAAUUUUGGAAAAUUUGAGGAAUAUCCUCGUCAAGAUCGAAGAGGUAAAAAGUGAAUACGCAAAUACGAAAAACCUAGCGAAUAUCAAAGGCGAGAAGCAGACAGAGCAAAAAACUAAAAUCCAAUCAAAGUUAGAUGUGAUAGAAGAUACUCUUAAAGUCUUCCUAACAAACAUAUCCGAUUCCUCUUUUUACCACGUAGAAGGAAAUUUCAGAAUAAAAAAAACCUCUCCUACACAAUUUCCUCCAACAGGUAAAAAUACCAAAAAACGACCGCCCAAAGACGCCCCACCAGCAGGAAAUUCGAAAGCUACUUCUACAAGUCUGGCCGAAAAUAACGAAACAGGCGAAAAGCAACUCUCUCCAGAUAUUCCUGCUAAAAGACAAGUAACAGGAAAAGAGCACUGGUUAACAAUAACGCACGAACACUUGCGCAAAAUUCCACCGAACGAAAAACUAAACGAAACAAAAAAUUUUACGACAGACACGAAUGAAAUCAGAACGAAACCUCCUCCGGGUAGUUUGAUGUACUUCUACCUGCUAGAAGCCGAUACCGGUGAUGCUACCGAAGUGGCAACUACCAAAUGUAAUAAAAUAGAAGCUAAGGGCACAAUUACAAAAAUCAUCGAACCCAAAGACAAUGCAAAGAAGAAAUCUCGAGCAAGUCCAGUCAAACCGAUUUACAACGAGAAGAAAACAUCGAGACAACUCCCCGAUUUGACCAAGCAGACUCCCAAAGGCACCAAUCAAUCGAAAGCCGAAGGAACCAUGAAAAAGGGCCUAUCGGGAAGAAAGCGAAGAGGAUUCAUCGACCUGAGGAGGUUCCUCAGACGGAUGCCGAGGAGGCGGAGAAAACCCAACAACGUUGAAGGCGAGUCCAAAGGAAAACACGCCGGAAAUCCCAGCAAGCAAAUUGAGCGGGUUUUGAGGAAAUACAAGCUCAAAGAGGAAGUAACGGAAUUCAGCGGCGUGAGCUUGCCGGAUUUGGAGAUGAAUCGAAGAAAACUCGACGACAACACGAAGAAGAGCUCCUUCUACGAACGUCUGGACGAACAAUUGUUCUCUUCGAUCAAUCGUGCAAAGGAUAUCGAAGAGAACCCGUUCGAUGUUUCGAAGAUGAAAGAAAACUGGUUGUUUGACAGCAACAAUUCGAUGGGAAUUAACGAGGAUUCCAAGUCGAAAUUGUUCUUUGCAAAUAGGUUAUCUACCAAUCGCGCUAAAUCGUUGAAUAGCGUCCGUUUCACCGACGAUAUCGAGUUCGAUUUCCUGUGGAACAAACCGCAAUCUUCGGUAACUUGUAAACUAAACACCCAAAAUUCCCCCAGCAAAAUCAUCCCAAGUAAAGAAGAAACCGAUGUAUACGACAAAAUAAUGAGCGACGAAACCCGACCUAAAGAACCAAUCGGUGAAGCAGAAACGCUUUUUCAAAUCCUAUACAACAACGUAAUUGGUAAUCUCGACUUUGUAGAUGACGCUAAAACCGCGCAAAAGAAGGAAUUAUUAAGCGAUAAACCCGAGGAAAUAAAACAAACAGAAAGCGCGAGUCUUUUAAAUUCGAACGAGAGGAGCAUUGGAGUGGAAUUCGAGGAGAAACGCGAAGAUGAAACGGAUUUCCGAUGGGAUCUUGUGGCAGAUAAGAAAGUGUUGCCGAUCGAGGAGUCUCUGAAAAACAAGGAAUCUUUUUCCAAUGGAGAAACGCCGAACGCCAAGAGGGAAUUCCCGGAAUCGUGGAAGGUUUCUGAUUAAUUUAUAUAUUGUACGAAACGGGUUCGAU